UCACCGAUUUACUCAUAUAUAAAUCGAAUUUCUCAUAUAUUCAUCAAAACCCUGCCAAAGAUGAAGACAUUUGUAGCAUCCAUAAUUCUUGUUCAUGCUUUUCUCCUAUUUCUUUCUCUACGAAUUAGCCAAUGCAGGGUUUUUCCAAUGGAUGAAAAACUCAUUGAAAGCACCUGCAAACAGACUCCAAACUUUGAUCUUUGUGUCUCCUCUCUCAAAUCAGAUCCUAAAGCCUCUACUAAAGAUGUUCCUGGUUUGGCCCUCAUAUUGGUUAAUAUGAUGAAAACCAAAGCAACCGAAACUCUGAACCGCAUCGAUAGCUUCCUUAAGGGAGGUGGUACGGGGGGAGCCGAAGAAAAGCAGGCAUUGGAUUCUUGUUCUAGCAAAUAUGGUGCCAUUUUGAAGGCUGAUGUUCCUGAAGCCAUUGAAGCUUUAACCAAUGGAGACUAUAAAUUUGCAGAAGAUGGUGCUUAUGAUGCAGCUCUCGAGGCUAAUAGUUGUGAAAGAGGUUUCUCAUCAGGAAGUUCACCUCUGACUGCUAUGAACAAAGACAUGCAUGAUGUGUCUGGUAUUACUGCUGCUAUUGUUAGGAUUCUGCUUUGAUAGAUUGAUACUUUGUUUUCCUUACAGGUCAUGAUGUUUUCCUUGGUUAAUAAUAAUAGUGU